GCCGUCUGUCACAACGAAUUCCACAGAUUCACCACCCUCUGGCUGCAGAGAUUCCUCCUCAUUCCAGUUCUAAAGGGACGUCCCUUUAUUCUGAGGCUGUGCCCUCUGGUCCUAGACUUUCCCACUACUGGAAACAUCCUCUCCACGUCCGCUCUAUCCAGGCCUUUCAGUAUCCGGUCCACGUGCGCACUGGUGCAAUGAAACACUUGCAGCAGCAUCACAGGCACAGAGCGUCAGAUAAGCAGCAUUCGCAAGAAAAAUCUGAUACUGAGAUGGAGGUUGUUGGAAGUUAUCACAAACUGACCCACAGCGACCAUUUAGACUCUGGAAUCUUUGAAAGUGACCACAGCAGGAGCAGGAAGGUGGAUCGAGGGGGCUUCUCAGACAAUGUUAUUACCGAGCAGGUGACCACAAAAGUGACUUCUCUGCCACCACGAGCCACGUACAGCUCCAGCUCCUCAUCCCGGCAAACUGGAGCAGAUAUUGUCAGAUCAUCCAACAGCUACCUCAUAGCAACCGGACGAGGCUCUUCUGGGGGAUAUUCCCGGACACGAUUUCCCAGCUCCUCAUUCUCAGUCUCACCGGACACCACCCUGGAGCGGAAAAUGGGCUUCAGCCGGAAUGCAGGAUACGAGGGAAGUUCCAGUGGAAAUUCUUCCCCCGAACUUUCCAGGAAAGACUUCAGUUCCUCAAACAUGAGGGGGAGAAGUCAGAGUCGAGAGAGUGCGAUCCGUGCCCGUCUGCAGAGCGCAUCGCCCAACGGACGCUGGACAGAACUGGAAGACGUGAAGCGAUUGCUGAAGGGAAGUCGAUCAGCCAGCACCAGCCCUCCGCGGUCGGCCCCCAACACUCUGCCCUACCCCAAAAAGGCCAUCGUGGAGACAAAGAUAGUGAGCACCAGCUCCCAGUCAGCGUCUGGACGAUAUGACACUGCUCUCCUGGACUCCGGUGUGUCCAGCUUCAACUGGACAUCCACAGUGCCCCCAGUGAGCUCCAGCGUGGGACUGAGGGAGUACCGCAACAACCUGUCCCCUGCAGGAACACAGAUGUUCAGCACAUCAGGAUCCUCCUCUGUGAUAGCUCACGGAAUGCAGAACAACAAAGCAAUAAGCCCAGCAACAGCGAACAUGGCCCUGACGACUUCAACUGUUCAAGGGGUUCAGAACAACUUGGUACCCAACACCAGUGUGGUCAGUGGUUCUGCACAGACCCUGGGCAGUCACACCCAAGUUCUAGGGGUGCAGAAGAACCAGGUGUCGAAUUCGAGUGUGGUGUCCACUGCCCACAACACCUCCACAGUGAGCCCCCUGACCUCGGAUGGCCUCCUACAGAAGGACUACAAGUUCCUGCUGCUGGAGAAGGAGAACGCAGCUCCCCGCAAGGACACGGAGCUUCUCAUCAUGACCAAGGACAGUGGCAAACUCUUCACCGCCUCGCCUGGCACACUCACCGCUUCGGUGAUGGACGAUGCUUUGAAGAAGGAACACGUGGUGUCAACCAGCGCAGGACCCGACAUCAAAGUUCAGUCACACGGAGGCUUGAAGAUGGCGACCAAGGACAAGUCGACAUACGCGGAGAUCCGGUCGGACGAGGAGACGGACUCCCUGCCCUCCUGGUGUUCCUGCUGUCGUUGCUGCUCCUGGUGGAAGUGGCUGCUGGGACUGCUGCUGGCCUGGCUCCUCCUGCUGGGACUGCUCUUCGGCCUCAUUGCACUGGCGGAGGAGAUGAGGAAGCUGGAAGGACCGUGUCAGUGAGCUGGAAUCCAUGCCCAACACACAGCAAGCUGACCAGUCACGACGGCUCUGGGCGCAUCCUAGGGCAAAACAGCCUCCACUGACGACAUCGAGAGCAACAUCUGGAAGAAGAUCACGGCCAAACUAGAAUCCCGGGAAU